AAAAAAAAACUUUAUAUGUCGUACUGUCAAAAAAACGUGGUGUUAUUCAUAAAUCUUGAUAUUUUUUUUGUUUAUUUGUGUGUUAAUUAUGGAUAUAACAGUGUAAAUUGCAAUGUGCGCGGAUUUUAAUAAUAAUACUAAAUAAUACUAAAAUCGAAAACCCUUAGUAUUGAUGCAUUUUGAAAUAACAAAUAAAAUUUAUAAGAAUUGGGUGCACAUCGUACAUACUGUUCGUGUUCGUAGGGUGUAUCGUUACUGUAUCGGUUUAUGUGUCAAUUAAAAUAGAAGUUAAGGUUUUUUUGAAUACAAAUAUUUUAAAUCAUUAUAAUGGGCAAACAACGAAAAACGAGGAAAAUAGUAGAGAAAAGAUUUGCAAAAAUGAAAAAAAUGAUCAGCCCCAGCGACUCUCGGAUAAAAAAUAGCGAAAGGAGUGAACCAAAGAAGAAGAAACCUGUAGAUCCUCAUCUAAUUAAAAUACGUGAAGUCCCACAAACAAGUUCCGCGCUAUUCUUCCAAUACAACAUGCAGCUAGGACCGCCAUAUCAUGUACUUAUUGACACAAACUUCAUCAACUUCUCAAUAAAGAACAAACUUGAUAUCAUACAAAAUAUGAUGGAUUGUCUUUAUGCUAAAUGCAUACCAUAUAUUACUGAUUGUGUCCUUGGAGAAUUGGAAAAACUUGGAAGAAAGUAUAGAGUAGCUUUAAGGAUUAUAAAGGACCCACGAUUUGAGAGGAUAGCCUGUCUUCAUAAAGGUACAUAUGCUGAUGAUUGUUUAGUACAAAGAGUUACACAACAUAAAUGUUAUAUUGUAGCUACAAAUGACAAAGAUUUGAAACGAAGAAUUAGAAAAAUACCAGGUGUUCCUAUAAUGUAUGUUGCGGAACACAAGUAUACAAUAGAACGAAUGCCGGAUGCAUAUGGUGCUCCAAAAGGAGCAAUUUAACAUUAGAUAUUUAAUUUAUUAAAUUUUCUAUUAUACAUUUUUGUAUUGAUUCUAAUGGUUUAAAAAUAUUAACCCACUGUUACUGCAAAGCAGCCACAUACUCACAGACUCAAAUGCAUUUAAAUGUAAGUUCAAUAAUGGUUCAAAUUGUUAUUUUUAAGCCUAUAUCUACAUUAUACAUCUACAGUGCUUUGUUAAGUGUUCUCUAGUGAGAAUUUUUCUAACUUUACCUAUCUAGAAGACUUUAAUCAACACUAGCUGACCUGGCAGACUUCGUAUUGCCUCAAUCGAUAAAUAAAAGACCUAAG